CACUUGUAUUUAGUCAUCUAACACAAGAACUACGUCGAAAAUGCACACCCUCUUCUAUUUCGUCGUCGCUCUAGCAGCAGCACUAGCUGACGAUAGUCAAAUCGACGAAUUCACAACCGGAAGCAGACUCUUCACUGGCGACGUCUACACUCAACUUCUCUCCGAAAGCACUGCCAACAUCGUGGUUAGCCCUUUUUCGGCCGAAACCAUCGUCGCUCUAACCCAAUCGGGAGCCCAAGGUGCCACCGGUGACGAAAUCAGAGCCGCCCUUCACCUCCCAGACACCAAAGAAGAAACCGAGAAUGCCAUCCGAGCCGUCCUUCCAACUGUCCACAGCGACUACAUUGCUUUAACCACAGCUAACAAAAUCUUCGUCGAAAACAACUACGCAAUCAAAGACGAUUUCCAAAAAGUGGCAAAAGAGGUUUAUCAGGCCGAUUUUCAAAAUAUCGAGUUCGGGGACAGCGAAGAGGCAGCUGCUGAGAUUAAUAAAUGGGUUGAGGACAAUACGGGUGACAAGAUUCACGAACUGGUGAAACCUGACGAUCUUGAUGGUAGUACGAAAAUCGUCUUGGUUAACGCUUUGUACUUCCAAGGAAACUGGACGAUACCUUUUGAUCCAGUCUUCACCAACAAAACUAAGUUUUUUACUAGUCUUGAUAGUACCGUUGAUGCUUUGUCCAUGUAUAAGGAAUCGGAGCAGCUGAACUAUUACGCUAGUGACGAACUAGAUGCCCAAAUUUUGGAAAUUCCGUUCCAAGGGGAGGAGGCUACCAUGACUUUCGUGCUACCAAACCAGAAAGACGGAAUCGCGCUUUUGGAACGACAAAUCGAGAAGGCUUUGAUUACUCCAAAGUACACGCAAGAGUUUGUUCAAGUCGUGUUGCCAAAGUUCAAAAUCGAGAGUACUAUUAACUUCAAGGAUGUUCUACAAAAGCUGGGGGUUCAAAAAGCGUUUGAUUUUGUGGAAGCUGACUUCAGUGGAAUCGCUGGAGAGCAAGGGGAGCUUUUUAUUGGUCAAGCUAAACAGAAGACUUAUAUUGAUGUGAAUGAAAUUGGAGUUGAGGCGGCGGCGGCUACCGAGAUUGAGGGUAAUGAUAGUUUGCCUCCACCAGCGACUAAGUUUUUCGUAGCUGACCACCCGUUUAUGUUUUAUAUAAAAAUCAACGACAUUGUGCUCUUCGAGGGGCGUGUUUUGGUUCCAGAAUACGAAUAACACUUGACUGAUUAUAAUUUUAGUUUUAAGUGUUUUUUAUAUUAUCGCUGACGCAUUAAAACUUUAUCAUUUUACAA